GAAAAUAUUUCUUGUGUUUUGUGUUAUUUUAUCGCAAAAAUAAAAAAAGCAAAAUAAACAUAAAUACCUCUUUCGUACACACAAUAUCUCGUAAUUUUCUGUUCUUAUCUGCAUUUCCUGGCCACUACCACUGCGAAAAGUAUCUUUUUGAGUCAGUGAUGUGAAGAAAAGUCCCAAAAUCGCACAAAAACAAGUCAAAAAGAGUUUUUUAACAGGAAAAUUGAUGAUUUCAUACGUCUGUAACAUGAACUGUAGUAUAGAACUACAGUACAAAAAGUGUGACUAAAUAUCGUGUUGUGUAUGUAAAAUCAAGAUAAUCUCUAUAUUUAUGAAUUAAAAAAGAGAAAAAAAAUAGUGCAAGAAAAUUGAUUAAUAAUUAUAAUUAUUAUUGUUUUACAAAAAAAAAAAUAAAUUAAAAAAAACAUAAAAUCAUGUCACGACUAACAGAGGAAAUGGUGAUUGCUCGUUCAAAGCAGUCCGAUAUUGGAGUCGUUAAGAAGUUGAAUUGUUGGGGAAGCGAACUCACAGACGUUUCCAUUAUCAGACGAAUGCGCGGCGUGGAGGUAUUAGCUUUAAGUGUUAACAAAAUAUCAACGUUAUCCCCUUUUGAGGAAUGCGUGAAUUUACAAGAACUGUAUUUAAGGAAGAACAAUAUACAAGACAUCAAUGACUUAGUGUACUUACAGAAUUUACCGAAACUAAAGUUCUUAUGGCUCGAGGAGAAUCCUUGUGUGGAUCAAGCGGGAGCAAAUUAUCGUGCAUUUGUUCUUCGAGCUUUGCCGAAUCUCAAAAAGUUAGACAAUGUCGAGGUGACUCCCGAAGAAGUGGAGGAAGCGAUGCGACGUGAUCUUCGGCUGUCCGCGCCAGCUGGAAAUAAUCAGCAGGACUUUGAGGCGGAGCAAAAUCAUCACAAUCAGCAGCAGGAAUGGCAACAGGAAUCUAGUCCAAGUCGGGAACAGCGCCAAAGUCCUGACAAUACCGAAUCGGAGUGCAUUAGUGAUCCAUUGGACAGAGAUGUGUCUCCGUCAUCACCGUCUCAAGAGCAACGCAAUGCACAAAAUCUAGACAAUUAUUCACCGGCAGAAUCAAAUCACCCACCAUCAUCGCCACGCUAUCAAAAUAAUAAUGCAAAUAACUCACGUGGGCAACCGUAUCACCAACAGUAUGAUCGAUCACCUGGCUCGGAUCACGACUAUCAUAACGGGCGACACCACGAACGUGCCCGCAUGGCACAAAGUAUAUCAACGCAAUCAAUGAAGGAUUAUUACCGAGAUCCCGAGUACCAGCGACCGCCUCCUGCCAACUAUCGUCACAGCCAGCACGACCUCACGGAAUGGAAUGAAGAUGGCGGCGGCAACGGACCAAUCACAAAUUCGACACCGCGUCGUUCCACGGAAAAACCCGACAUGUAUGCAUAUCGCAAUGGGAACAGUAGUCGCGAAGAGCUCGACGAGCAAACGGAACGACGUCGCAACGAGGUAAAACGUGCCGAAAAUCGCAUCACUGACAGUACAAGCGUCAUUUCGAACACCGUGCUCAAUCACUUGCACGGCAUCCAUCGGAGACCAAUGGGACGAAACUCGAAUUUGUUGUCGGCCACGCUGUGUCUCGUCAAGGAACUGGAUUAUCCGAGCUUGGAAGUCGUCGAACACGCAGUUCGGUGUCGCAUUGACGAAUUGACUGAAUAAAAAAAAAAUGGAAGAGACUUACAAAAUGCUUCUACUUUAAUAUUUAAAUAAAAAAAAAAAUUAAAAUUAACCGAUGAAUACUAACAAAAGACAGCAUUUAAAAUAGUCCAGUGAUCACAAAAUUAUAAAAAAUAAUUUUUAAAAUCCCAUUCCUAGUGCAGUUUUUGUAAUUAAGGUCGCUUCAAAUUUAUUUAAAUUUU